AUGCUGGUCUCUCCCGAGGGGCAUGUACUCACCGUUUGGAGUUACGUGCUGGAUACCGACUACAUCACUGUGACGCUCAACGACGGGCGCCGGUUCGAUGCCGAACUUGUGGCGGCCGAUCCUCGGCUCGAGCUGGCCGUGCUGAAGAUCGAUGCGGAUGACCUUCCGUACUUCAAUCUUUCAGAAAGCGUCGAGGCCUCGGCCGGCACGCGUGUUCUGGCAUUCAGUAAUCUGUACGGCGUCGCGACCGGCGACGAAGCGGCCAGCGUGCAACACGGAAGCAUCGCCGUGGUAACCAAUCUGGAAGCCCGCCAUGGCGCAUUUGAAACUCCCUACAACGGUCCCGUGCAUGUACUCGAUGCCAUGACCAACAACCCGGGUGCGGCUGGGGGUGUGCUCACCAAUCGCCGUGGCGAUCUGUUGGGAAUGCUGGGGAAAGAGUUGCGAAAUUCGCUGAACAACACCUGGCUAAACUACUCCAUCCCGAUGGGUGAAUUGGCCCCGACCGUAAACAAGAUGAUUCUCGGAGAAUACGAAGGCUCGGUCACCGAAACCACUGGUGAGCAACGUUCGGACUAUCCGCUAAGCCUAGACCUCUUAGGCAUCGUGCUGGUGCCAAAUGUUUUAGAGCGCACUCCACCGUUUAUCGAUCAGAUCCGCUCGAGCACGCCCGCUUACGCAGGAGGACUCCGUCCUGACGAUCUUCUCAUCUUCGUCAAUGGCCGGCUCAUUCAAUCGUGCAACGAUUUGUUCGACGAGCUGACCUAUAUCGAUCGGGCCGACCCGGUGGAAAUUUCUGUGAUGCGAAAUAACGAGUUCAUCGAGUUUACGCUGCAAGGGGCCUUGGCUGCUUCGGCCACGGCACAAGACGAUCUGGUCGUACUCGAAGACCAGGCCAUGCAAGCCGCGGUUGAACGGGUCGCACCCUCAGUGGUGCGUGUGGAAACCGUCGGCGGGCUCGAUCGCGUAGGCCAAGUGCUAGUCGGUACCGGUCCAACCACGGGGUUGAUAGUCACGCCCGAUGGGUACAUCGUUUCCAGCGCGUUUAACUUUGCCCAGAAACCCGCAUCCAUUGUGGUGACAUUGCCCGACGGCUCUCGAGCACCCGCCACGUUGGUGGCCACCGAUCACAGCCGGAUGAUUACCCUGCUUAAGGUCGAAGUGGAAGAACCGCUACCCACGCCGGAGGUGGCGCCCAGCGAUUCGGUGAACAUCGGGCAAUGGGCCAUCGCCGUGGGGCGAACGUUUCCUGGCGAUCAGCCCAACAUGUCGGUCGGCAUUGUCAGUGCCGAGAAUCGCAUUUGGAAUAAGGCCCUGCAGACUGAUGCCAAGAUCUCGCCGAGCAACUAUGGCGGACCGCUGAUCGAUGUAUUCGGGCGCGUACUGGGUGUUCUCGUACCCUUAUCGCCCAGCGGCACCGACGAAUCGGCCGGGGUUGAAUGGUACGACUCGGGAAUUGGGUUCGGCAUUCCGCUCGAGCACAUUCAAGAGAUUCUGCCGCGUCUGCGAUCGGGAGACGAUUUGCACGCUGGCCAACUUGGCAUCGCUUUACGGAAUAAAAGCCCCUUGAGCGGACCCGUAGUGUUGGCUGCCGCGAUUCCGAACUCACCCGCCUCCAAGGCAGGUCUGAAGGCCGAUGACCGGAUCAUUGAAGUGGAUGGUGCCCCAGUCGAAUGGCUGAGCCAACUCUACCAACAGAUUCGGCCCAAGUAUGCGGGAGAUACGGCGCACGUUGUCGUCAUGCGAGACGAUCAACGGCUCGAAUUCGAAGUCGAACUGGUCGAAAGCAUCGAGCCCUAUGCCCAGCCGUUCUUGGGAAUUCUACCCCGUCGCGACUCGCCAGAAGGUGAAGGCGUUGCGGUGAGAUAUGUCUAUCCAGACAGCCCGGCCUUCGCGGCGGGUGUGCAAGAGGGCGAUGUGAUUGUCGGCGUUGGCGAGAACAAGAUUGCCGAUCGGCAGGAAUUGACCGAGGCCUUUGCCACGCUUCAGCCUGGCGAUGAAGUAUCCCUGGUGGUUCAACGUGACUCCGCGGAGCUUCAAUUCCCGGCCAGUCUGGCAAGCGUGCCGGAGAGUAUCCCUGCCGAGCUCCCACAGACCUCUGACACGGCUAUUGGAGAGGCCGUCGAAAUUCCCCCGGUCGGAAACUUCCAACUAAGGGUGCCCGAGUUUGCCAACGACUCGCUCGUUUUUGUCCCGGAAGACUACGAUCCACGCAUUCCGUAUGGGUUGUUAGUAUGGCUCGAUGGUGCUGAGCCAGCCGAAGAUGAACUCUUGCUCGACCGCUGGAAGGAACGUGCCGCGCAGGCGAACCUCAUUCUUCUUGCCCCACGUUCGGCAGUGGCCGGAAAAUGGACACGGCUGGAUUUGCCAUUCGUACUGAAGGCGAUCAACCAGGUGCAGCAGAACUACAAUAUCGACGACGCUCGGGUGGUGUUGCACGGUCAACAGUCGGGCGGAGUCAUGGCCUACGCUCUGGCGAUCAAUAAACGAGACGUGGUGCGUGGGGUAGCGGUGGUUGAUGCUCCACUGAUGGCCGAGCCCCCGGGUAACGAGCCCUUGCUGCCGCUGGCGGUUUAUUCUGCUACGCUCGAGAAGUCUCCAGCCGCGGUUCGAAUUCGCAAAGGUAUCGCUGCCUUGAAAGAUAAGCGGUACCCACUGACGGAACGCGAAUUAGACAGUUCCCAGGCAUACCUGAACGAGCAACAACUCGACGAGCUCACACGCUGGAUCGAUUCGCUGGAUCGAAUUUAG